CAUUUCGCACUGAGAUUCAUUUCCAGCCAUAACUUUAAAAAAUCACCUUCUUCGCCUCUGCAUUUGGCUUCCAUGAAUUUACACUCCAUCAUCAUCUCUUCCGCCUUAUUAUGCCCAAAAAUCCACAAACGAUGCCUGCAACUUCUCCCACAAUUGCCAUUGCCAUCGCCAUGUUCAAGGACCACUCUACAAAAUUUCCGAAUGAGCGAAAGAUCAAAGAGAUACAAACGUCGGUUGCUCUGCUACGAGCAAAAAGAGGAAGGUUUACAAUCUAGAGAAGAAUUGCAGCCUGUAACGUCGCCUGAGAAGAAAGGAACUGUAGCUGGAGCCGUGGCUUUUAUUAUUGGUACCAGUAUCGGAUCGGGGAUUCUUGCAAUUCCAGAGAAAGCGGCUCCGGCUGGAUUUUUCCCCAGUUCGAUAUCCAUAAUAUUAUGUUGGGGGUUUCUUUUAGUAGAAGCACUGCUGCUCGUUGAGAUUAGUGUGGUUCUGUGGAGGAGGAAGAAGAAGAAGAAGAAGAAGAAAAACGAAGAGGGAGAGACGGGGAUGGAGGUGAUUUCAGUCAGAACUAUGGCGCAGGAGACUCUGGGGGAUUUUGGUGGAACCCUGGCCACUGUUGCCUAUGUUUUCUUGGGCUACACUUCCAUGGUUGCUUAUAUUUCCAAGUCUGGAGAGAUCCUUCUCCAAUCAUUCAAUCUUCCAUCUCCACUUUCAGGCUUCUUUUUCACAUUGGUUUUUUCUCUGCUUAUCUCCGUUGGUAGGACAAGAGCCGUAGAUGAAGUCAACCAAUGGCUUACGGCUUGUAUGAUAGGUUUACUACUGGGAAUUGAAGUGUUAGCAGUUCAGUUUGGAGGAUGGUCUGCAAUGGAAGGGGGAGGAGACUGGAGAAAGGUUCCAACUACAAUACCUGUCAUUAUCUUUGCUUUGGUUUAUCAUGAUGUAAUACCAGUUCUGUGUGCUUAUUUGGAAGGUGACCUUCCUCGCCUAAGAGCUUCAGUUUUGCUUGGUAGCUUUAUUCCACUGCUAGCAUUGCUCGUCUGGGAUGCAAUAGCCUUUGGCUUGUUAGCACAAGCGGAUCAAGUAAUUGACCCUGUUGAAUUGCUCCUGAGAGUGGAAUGGAGUGGAAUUUCGUACAUGGUAGAAUGGUUCUCACUUCUUGCUGUUGGAACAUCUAUGCUGGGAACAUUGCUAAGCUUCUCUGCAUUUUUCAAGGAGCAACUCAGUAACAUCUUCUUUAAUUUGUCUACAACAGAGGCUUUGGAAGAACCACCGAAGUCCUGCUUAAUGAGGAAUUGGUGGGAAAUGAAUAAACUAGGCCUUACUGCCUUGGCAAUUGCUGUUGGUCCCUCCCUUCUUGUGUCCACUACUAAUCCUGAUUCAUUUUCUGCUGCCACAGAUAUUGCGGGAGGAUACUGCAUGACGAUGUUGUAUGGAGUUCUCCCCCCAGCAAUGGCAUGGGCAAUGAACAGUAGGGAAUCGGAGGACACCAACUCCAAGGCGUUAUUGAGAGAAAGGCCUGCACUGCUUGGGCUAGGUUUAUUUGCUUGUGGUAUUAUGGUGGAACAAGUUAUUCAGGAUAUUCUAAAAUUGCAAUGGUAGCAAGGUAAAAUCGUAUUUUAUAUGAAUUAGUUUUAUUUUCUUAAAUUGUUGCGGACAGUUUCCAAAGUCACAUUCUGUUAUGUUCUCCUUAAGGAGAACCCUAUUGUUGGACCAGGGUGAGAUUUUGUUCUUUUCUGCAUCCAUUGUUGGAUAAUCAUUUAUCAUUAAAAAUUUAAAAUAUAUGCGCAAUUUAAACAAAAUGAAUGAGACUUAAAAUUACAUAAAUAAUCCGAAUUUAAAAGAUGCUUGAUUGAGAUACACUUGAUGGCUUCUUCUUAGAAUAUGCACUCUAAGUUGUUUUUGUUUUGUUUUAUUUAUUUUUUAUUUUUUGAGAUACAGUACAAUCUGUAAUUUGUAAUUGUCAGAUAACUCUGCUCCGCGACUUUGAUGAACUAAACUGUUUGUGCUCUUCAAUAACUUAGAAACUCUAAGAACAAAGAACUGAGAGAGGGUGCAAAACAAAGGAAGAAGAGAGUAACCCAAGAUAAGUUAGCGUACAAAUGGAGUGGGAGAGGAAGUCUCCUUUUACAGUUCGGAAGAUGGAGUAGUUAUGAAUGUCAGAUUCCUUCCGUACAUCGAUUUUUUGGGAAAUUAAUUCCCUUCAAGCAUAAAAUUUCUUCAAUGGCCUCUCACCUUAGAUAAGAAUGCUCUUCUUGUUAACUUUACUCUUUUUUAUUUUUUAUUUUUUUAAUUAAAGAAAAAUAACAAUUUUCAUUGAGAAAAAAAAAAAUUUGAAAGAAAACUCUUCAGGUUAACUAUUUCCCUUUUGUCCUUUUCGUUCUCCGUUGGACAACGUUAGAAACUUAAAAGCAACCACCAUAUUUGCCUGAAUAAAUCGGGAAAAAAAAUGAAAAAGAAAAAAGAACAUCCUUUUUGGCAAUUCUUUUUUCCUCAUCUUUCCUGCGUUAGUUAAACGAGUUUGCUGAAUACCUGGAAAAAAAUUUCAUGCAAGGAAAAACGGGCUAUAUCAUAGGACAUAGAAUUAGAAUUAUGAAAGUUUUCGUUGAUUACAAUCAUUGCUCAGGAUGAUGGUAACUUCAGUAUCACGGCCCAAUUCCGGCGGGAAAUAUUUGUCAAGCAAAUGAUUGUCUUUUCGGAGGUUUUGAUCUUCUACACUGCAAUAGACUAAUACAUAUGAAAGUCACUUCACAAUUCUUAAUAGAGGAAAACUAUUACCAUUACUUAUGUGCUAGAGUCUUCAUCUUCAACAGAGUGAACUAAGCGGAACUCUACAAACUUGAAAGAAGACAAACCAGUUUGCUGAGAAUCUUGACAUACAUAUUAUGACAUGAAUGCAGUAUCUGUUUGAUAAAUUGCAAACCCAAGGAGCGAAAGUUGCAGCGAGUUGUCAAGGGGAAGACCGUAGAGUGCCUCAGGCCAAGGAUCAGAAAAAAAGGAGAAAGAAGAGAAGAGAAAAGACAAGAUGGUAGAGAUGGGUGCCAUUUUUUUUUCCGAAGUGCUGUAAGUUAGUGCAGUCGCUGGAGUGGGUGAGUUUAUAUAGACCUGAAAGAGAUUGAAGCUCACUGAAAUGUCUAGUCAUAAAGCUUCCUGAAGGGUUACUUUCAUUAAACCUCUGGGUCCUAUUUCCUGACCCAGAAGGCAGGAAGAAUUAUAUACUUCGUUUGGAAGGAGUUUGAUGCAAUGCAAUUAUGCAGGCGUGUCUUAGAAUUCCAAACUCAAGUGAAACAUAGUCAUGGAUGCUUGUACUUCAAUAUUUUGGGAUUUGUGAGGGGAAAAAAAAGAAGGGAAAAAGAAGAUAACAACAAACAAGAAAGGAAGAAGAUGAUUGACACUGGGACCAGUCAUGUCAAAGAUAUUUGGAUUCCUCUAGUUCGUUGUUGAGUGAAAGGCUGAAUAAAGAAUCAAAUGCCGGAAGCAGGUCGUGGGAUGAUCAGCCAAUUGAAGUUUGAUUUGUGUUAUGCAAUUUAUAACACAAUUCCAGUAUCUGUGUGGAAAAUAGCAUACCCAACGAGCGACAGCUGUGCCGAGUUUUCGAGAGGGAGACCAUAGAAUGCCUCAGGCCAAGGAUCAGAUAAAAAGGAUAGAGAAGACAACAGAAAAGACAAGAUGGUGGAGAUGGGUGCCAUUUUUUUUUCCUCUUCAAAUCCUGUAAGUAAUGCACUUGUCUCACUUAUUCUUUACGCUUCAUUGAACAAGAUGGGUUCUUUUUAUAUAUUUAGCCAUAAGGCUUCCUGUAGGGUUACUUUAAUUUAAUCUCUGGGUCCCUAUGCCCUGACCCAGAAAGCAAAAGGGACAAGAACUGUGAGUAGAAGGAAUAUGAAUGAUGUAGUGCAAUUAUGUAGGCGUGCCUUUGAAUUCUAUACUCAAGUGAAACAGAGUCAUGGUUGUUGCUUGUAGUUGAAUAUUUUGAGAUUUGCGAGGAAAAAUACCAAAAGAAGAAUCACAAGAGACAAGAAAAGAAAAAGAAGAUUAAUCAUCAUGAUUUGGCCUAGUGGUCAAUAAGCGAGGGUUUGAGGCACUGAGUUGAGUACUGAAGUUUGGAGUUAAUAUGUUAAAGUUAGGAAGUUUGUGUUUGGGGUACAAAAUUCUUUAGUUGAACUUCCACAGUAAUUGUAUAGUAAUUGUAUAGAAGAGAGAGAGGAAAAUAUGAAGUUCUUCGAUAAAUGUGCAAAGUUGAAUAAUGAACACUGUUGAAGUUGAUGGAGUUGAUUUAUUUAACAUUGACUUAUGAAGUCA